CGAUCAAAUCCCAGACUAACGCUCACCAUCAAUAUCUCAGUCCGAGAAUACUCUGCCAUUACAAGACACCAUUCAUCAGAAAUCCACCCUGUUUACUCGUUCAGACUCCAAGGGGUUGGAACCUCGGCCUGCGCAGGAAUAUGGCAAGGCCUCUCGCAGAGGCAUACGCCUCGACCCUGUAGAGGUAUUACAAGAGGAAAAAAAGCAUAUGCCACCACGGGGGCGUUUCGGUAACGCUAUCCACCGUAUUUUUCGAAGUGAGACAUCAAAAAGAGACAAUGUCGAAGGCUCGCAUAAACCUUGUUCCCUUCGCGAAUCGCUUUCCAUGAACCGAGGCGCUCGGCACCGCAUCGACGCGUCUCGAUUUUGGGCUGUUCUCAUCGGCAUCAAUGCGUAUGAGCGCACUCCUCUGCGCGGUUGCGUAUCGGAUGCAUUAUUAGUAAAAAGUUUCCUAAUCAACACCCUUGGCGUACCAGAAGAACGUAUCCAGUGUCUCCUCGGCUGCCAAAAUUCGAUUCCUAGUGAUCCCUUCACGCCGUACCGCGCCAAUAUUGUGGAAGUACUCUACAGUCUCAUUAACAGGCGUGAAAUUGACCCGGGAGACAAUAUUUUCAUCUACUAUGCUGGAUAUGGCUCUUGCUACUGCCGCGAUGACCAUUUUUAUAAAUCUACAUGUGAUAGCAUUGGCAAUUUCUGUCUCACCAAAGCACUGUGUCCCCUCGAUCGCGAUACCCAGGACCACGACGGAAAAUGGGUUCCCGAUAUCAGCGACCGAGAGUUGGACGCUAUUUUCGCAGAAAUAUCUCGUGUCAAGGGGCACAAGAUCACGUUUAUCGCAGACUGCUAUUACGCCCGCAAUUUUUGCCGCUGCAUCGAGUAUGACGGUUCUUUAAAGCGCAGCGUAUGGCCCACUUAUCAUUCCGAUGUCAAUGAUAUGUUACGUGCAGGACAUGAAAGGCUGGACCAUCUACCUCGCUAUCGAUCUAUAUUAUCGGAUGAUUGGCGGCCAGAUAUGAGUUCUCAUGUAACACUGACAGCGUGUCAAGAGGGUCAGGUUGCGAAGGAGAUGCCGGGAAAGAAGGUAUACGGCGGGGUGUUUACGAAGACACUUGUCCGUGUUCUGAAAUCAGGUGCAUGGAAGAAGAAGAUAACGUAUGUCGAGCUCAACGAGCUUCUGGAUCAGUCGUAUUUCCAGACUCCAGUCGUUACUGGGGGCCAUAAAAAUGAGCGCGUUUGGUAUCAGGUGUAAAAGGUUGGGCUUUAGACAUUUAUAUUCAGUGCUCAGUCGUACAAACCUAUGCUUAUGUAGUAUUUGUCAUUACUCUAACAUGAUACAUGAAAGAUAAU